UCUCAUCUAUAUUGCGAUUGUGACCUUCCAAGAAAAAAAAAAGUGAGAGAAUGGAGGAGAGUGGUCGGCGGCGAAUGAAGGCGGAGGAGCUCGUGGAGACGACAAUGGCGGGGAGGGACGCAUCCCACGACGCCGCACACGCCUUCAGAGUCCGUGAUCUCGCCCUCUCCCUCGCCUUCCAAGAAGGCCUUCAUGAUCCUCACUCCCUCGAAGUCGUCGAACUUGCUGCUCUUCUCCAUGAUGUUGGAGACUACAAGUACACCAAGAAUUUAACUGAGGAUACUAAAAUUGUGGAGAAGUUUCUUGAGGAGGAGGGUCUAGAGGAAAGCAAAAAGGAGAAGGUUCUGGGCAUUAUUAAAGGAAUGGGUUUCAAAAAUGAAGUUUCGCAAAUAUCAUGUGUUGAUACAUCUUUGGAAUUUGGGGUUGUGCAAGAUGCUGACCGUCUUGAUGCAAUUGGGGCUAUAGGAAUUGCCCGAUGCUUCGUUUACGGUGGAAGCAAGAACCAUACAUUGCAUGAUCCUCAGGUUUUACCACGACAGGACUUAUCGAAGGCAAAGUACAUGAGCAAAGAUGAAAAGCAGACUUCGAUUAACCAUUUUUACGAGAAGCUUUUCAAACUCAAGGAUCUAAUGAAGACAAAGGCUGGUAAGGAAAGGGCUGAGAAAAGGCACAAGUUCAUGGAGGGUUUUCUUGAAGAAUUCCUCGAAGAGUGGAGUGGCAGAGCUUGAACUGUAAUUCCUUCCCCCUUAUACUGUAUUUUUUGGGUAUUUUCUUCAUCUUGAAUAUGUGCUGAACAAGAUGCAUCAUUUUUCUUGUUAAACCUUGUGAUUUCUACUUCACAUAUGUAUCUAUAAAAUCUAUAGUCAUUAUGGAUCAA